ACAGACGUCAGUGUAACUGACCAAUUUGAUAUCCCUAGCUAGGCGACAUUGACGCUGCAGCAACCAAAAUUGGAUUAAAACUGAAAAAGUGAAUCAUUUUCUAGACAUAAUUAGUUAGCCUACUAACUAGCGUACACAUGUUAUUUGCCUCGGCGUAAUUUGACAAAGCAAUAGUUUCUACCUUUGAUCGUGUAUAAAGUUGCGGUGCAAGUAGGCUAUAAGAUGUAACAUUGUUUGUACGUGAUCUAGCCUCAUUGUCGCUUCACUGAAAUAUCUUUCGUUUGUAAAUGAGUAUGAAGACGAGGAGACCGAAUGCUUUGGGAUUUUAAGAGAACCCUGACAUGUCUGGUCCUACCUGGCCGCCUCCAAAGACUCUGGGUAGCCCAGUGAGACCGGUACCUCGAAUGUCCCAAUCUGGACCAGCCGUGUACAGACAGCUGCCCAUGAAGGUCUCCUCGGACACCCGGCCCAAGUAUGUGGUCCAUGACCAGAACAGAGGAGGAGGCGGAAUGGCCACUAGGUACUUGGCUACAAGAUCCACAGCUGGGCCCAUGCCGCACCACCACCAAGAGGACCCAGGGUUUCACUCUAAAUCUAAUGACCACUACUACCAACCACCUCCCCACCGGCUCAAAGAAGACCCAUCCUUGAACCCUCACAUGGACCGCUACCAGCUGAUGCACCACUCCAACAUCGAUGCAGAGAUUGAUUCGCUCACCUGCAUGCUGGCCGAUCUGGACAGCCAUCCACAAAACAGCGCACAGCUGUACGACAACGUGCCUUACGACAAACACAUCUCAGGGGACUGCUACAAACCCUCAGCCCAGCCAGGAGAACCCUCUCAGGGCAGGCAGUCCAUGGGAUUCUCCCCUCACCCCCAAUCCCAGUCCCAGUACCCUCCUGCAUCCCCAUACCCCAGUGAUCCCCACCAGGGUCUCCAGUACUUCCCUCAGCCAGACUACACUGACGCCCAGGUAUCCAAACGCUACCCCCAGCCUGUCCCUGCACCCUACACUACCACCUCCACUCCUACUGGCCCGAGGUUCAGUGUCCAGGUCAAAACAGCCCAGCCUGUCACCAACUCCCAGACUGUUAGGCAAGCCGAACAGGCUUACACCCCUCCCCCACACCGCCAGCACACGUUGUGGCCCCCAUCCCAGAAUCAGACUGGCCCCCUGGGCUGGUACCCUCCACAACCCGAUUCCCAAGCCCAGGAGCUGCACUCUGAGAAGGGUUACAAGGGGAGUGAUGCAGGGUCUGGAGGGAGAGCUACCCAGUGCCCCGUGUCCAAUAGAGGCCCAGAGACUCACCAAUCAGGGUCAGGCUCGGCACCAAGCUCCGCCUAUCAGCCCAGUAAGGGGACAGCAGCUCUGAGGCCAGAGGAGGAGUUGGACCAGCUCACUAAGGAGUUGGUGUAUGACAUGAAUCAUCCCCCUACAGAAGAAUACUUUGGUCGCUGUGCACGUUGCGGUGACAACGUCCUUGGCGACGGCAGUGGCUGUAUCGCCAUGGAGCAGGUGUUCCACGUGGAGUGUUUCACUUGCAUCACCUGCCACACUCGUCUUCGGGGGCAACCGUUCUACGCCCUGGACAAGCAGAGCUACUGCGAGAGCUGUUACAUUAGUACCCUAGAGCGCUGCUCCAAGUGCUCCAAGCCCAUCCUGGACCGUAUCCUACGGGCCAUGGGCAAGGCCUACCACCCGCGCUGCUUCAAUUGUGUUGUGUGUGGCUGCUGCCUGGACGGUGUGCCCUUCACCGUGGACGCCACCUACCAGAUCCACUGUAUAGACGACUUCCACAGUGUUGACGCUGAAACUUCCAGCCUCCUGUCCCACACAGGAAGUUUGCCCCACGCUGCUCAGUGUGUGGCCAGGCCAUCAUGCCCGAGCCUGGCCAAGAGGAGACGGUCAGGAUAGUGGCGCUGGACCGCAGCUUCCACGUCAACUGCUAUGUGUGUGAGGAGUGUGGUCUGCUCCUGUCGUCUGAGGGUGAGGGGCGAGGCUGUUACCCCUUGGACGGUCACAUCCUGUGUAAGGGCUGCAGCGCCCGGCGCAUCCAGGACCUCUCUGCUAAAAUAUCCACUGACUGCUAACCAACUAUGGAAAAUCACAUCUUACCUUUUAACCUAUGACCCCCUCAACCCUUUCAUUACUUUCACCUGCUUUACGUAGAAGUUGCCGUAAUGACCAGAUCUGGAAUCAGUCCUACCCUUCUUUGACUCAUAAUCUUAACCACAAGGGGGAAAUGUUAACCUGACUUGAGAUCAGUGUCGAAGGGCAUCUUCAUCCCCCUUCACUUUAAUCCUCUCAGCCGUUCUUUAUACUUCAGAUGCCCAAAGCUGAGGAAUCAGUAGUAGUUGGCCUACUAUUGAACCUCAAUCUGACAGUCUCCAAUAUGAAGUCAUUAUUUAAUUUCCCUUGACCAGGUUUAUUUGUACAGGUUCAAGACAGGGUAUUGAAACAUGGAUUGACGACAAUAAGUUCGAUCCCCUUCCGUAUCCUCUGCUUUACACUAUCACCUAUCCUCUACAUUCUCUACCCCUACUCCCUUUCCACCACACCCUAUCCCCUAUCCCUCAGUCCCAUAGCAGUACUGUAUAGAGCCCCUGACCUGCAGGCAGCAGGGGCUGCACUACCCCAAACCCUUGACUCUACUAUUGCUCAUCUCACACACUAUCCUGCAUGUUGCACACUAUAGCUGUGUUUGAAUACUCAUGCUAACCAUACUAUUUGUGACGUGAAUUGUCUAUAUACUAUGCUUAUUGGUCAUAGUAUGGAUAUAGUUAGUAUGCCAAAUGUUCCUGUAUGUCUUACUAAAUGGUAUCUUGCACCAAAAUAAGAAAGAAUCCAGUAACCGAAAGGUUGCUGGAUUGAAUCCCCGAGCUGACAAUGUAAAAAUCUGUAUUUCUGCCCCUGAACAAGGCAGGAUACCCAUUGUUCCCCUGUAGGUGGUCAUUGUAAAUAAGAAUUUGUUCUUAUCUGACUUGCCUAGUUAAAUAAAAAGUCAUUACAGCAGUAUAUUCAGGCGGUAUGUUAGCUAGGCUACUUAUACAUCAAACUUGCCAGUAUCUUAUCUAUAGGCUAUCUAACUACCCAACGUUUAUUGACUUGAUUAUUCCCGUCAUUCUUAGUUUAGCUAAAUGGUAUAGUCGUAGGACAUUCGGACGCUUUCUUAAAUUCUCUCGUCCCCCUUGUGGUUAAGAUGGCCUGCCAACUUUAGCUUGGGGUCAGAACGCUGAAAUAAAUUUUACUCCUCAUCCCGAGCGUCCAGAGCGGAAUGCUCUGAAUUUACAAGCGCAGUCUGGCACUCAAGAUUGAGUUUAAGAACACACCCGAAGUCGUAAAACGUCUUAAUUUAUGCAAACUAGCUAGUAAGAGGUUGUAUAUUAACAUUCACAACUUCCGGUAGAGAGGCGAAGCGCUAGUACCCUCAACUGUAAGGAUCCCAUUUCGUUCACAGUAUACUGAAAUGAACUAAUCGUUUGUAGUACUCAUUAAGUAUGUACUAUACAGUAUGUUAGUAUGGGUAUUCCCAACACAGAUCAUGUCUCACACACACAAUCCUGCAUAUGUUGCACACUUUCACACACACUCCUACCAGACACAGGUGGGACAUGAAUGGAGCUCUAUGGAAAAUAAUUAUUGAUAUAUAUUGACGAUGUGGUGGAUGAUAAGUAUGAACAUUAGGUGAUAUUGAGGAAGAGUAGGAUAAUGAUGAGAAAUACAAUGUCUUCCUUGCUGUGGGGUAACUGACAAGUCCAGAUAAUAACAGUGCUGAACUUCCUCAUAAACAAAGUGCACACAUGCAAAGUAUUUCUGUGACUGAGUUUAUAUUACAGGUGGUUUUAGUUGUGGAGUGAAUGUGUUUGGAGACCAAGUGGGUGUAGUCAGUGUGUUGUGCAGUGAAUAAGAGUUUUUAGAAAGUAGAAAGAAAGAUUGGUUAGAGAGAACAUGAUCAUUAAUUUAAUUGUACCUUUAUUUAACUAGGCAAGUCAGUUAAGAACAAAUUCUUAUUUUCAAUGACGGCCUAGGAACAGUGGGUUCGGGGAUUCGAACUUGCAACCUUCCGGUUACUAGCCCAACGCUCUAACCACUAGGCUACCCUGCCGCCCAUUAAAGUCGAUGCUUUGAUCUCAUUGGAUGUUAAUAACUUAUUUUUUUUAUGUAAAUGCAACUUUUUUAAAUGAGGCAAAUCCAUUAAGAACAAAUUCUUAUUUCCAAUGACUGCCUACCCCAGCCGAACCGGACAACACUGGGCCAAUUGUGAGCCGCCCUAUGGGACUCCCAAUCAUGGCCGGAUGUGAUACAGACUGGAAUCAAACCAGAGACUGUAGUGAUGCCUCAUGCAGUGCCUUAGGCCGCUGCGCCACUCGGGAGCCCCUAUGCACUGUAGCCCGUCAUGUAAUGGUAUUUGGCACCACAUGUCAGAACAUAACAUCAAUAUUGUAUUCCCCAGAACAGCGUUUUGUAUAAUGAUAAUGGUGCUGCAUUUGAGAGAAUGUUACUUGUAUACCAGUCCAAACCCCCUCUUUUAAAAUGUUCAUGUGCUUUUCAAAUGUUUUUCCUUUUUUAACAUUUGGGUUGAUUUGAUACGUUACAAUGAAGAUGCAUAAGGUGCAAUGAAGUAUGCUUGCCAUUGUCUUACAGUUUUUCUCAGUCGCUUUGGUGCAUUUUUCACAUCAUCCCUAACAUGUGCAAAAUAGUAAGUGCAUUUUUCAGAACAAUUUGUACAAACUGCAAUAUACAAUAGAUAUGUUUCUAAAGCUAGUCAGUCACUAAAAAUACUUAGUACAUCUCAAAAGUAAAUAUUCAUGCCAAUGAUCAUGAGAAUGUUGUCAUUGUUCACGACCAAGGUCGUCAAAAUGUUUAGGCAUAUUGUCAAUGUAACUGCACUUUGACAGUAUUACCUGAUGUAAACUUAGGCUAUAGUUUGGAUGACAGUUACUGUAUUGAAAAUGCACAAGGCUGCACUUCUAUAGCAUAUCAAUUUCAACAGUACUAUUUACAUAUUACUGUAUGUGGGUUAUUGAUUGAAAGAGACUGGACAACCCAAUGGGCACAAAGGAAAAACUAAAUUAGAAAAACACAGGAAACCACCCCUAAGGCACAACUUUGCCCGCAGCACAGUUGUGCUGUCUCUACACACCCAGACGUUCCUGUCUGUCGGCCCACAUAUGUGCAGGCGUCUACUGUGAUGUCCUCACAUGCUGCAUCCAUUGCAGCCAGCAGGGUCAUCUGUGUGUGUGGCUGACGAUCGUACACCUUCCACCUCCAUGCUGAAAAGAACUCCUCAAUUGGGAGGAAUUCUAUGAGCAUCCUCGGGUGGGUCACAAACCAUUGCCUUAUGAUGUUUGAUCGAUGGAAACUCACAUUAUCACAAAUGACCACAUACUUUGGCAAAUCCUCUCUAAACAGACCCCUCAUCAUCAGGGAUGAGAGCCCUGUAGAGCGUCUUUAAAAAGUUGAGUAGAUGCUGGGUGUUGCAUGGCCCUAUAAGGGAUAUGGGUUAGGACACCAUGAUCUAAAAUAGCAGCACACAUGGUGAUAUUUCCUCCCCGUUGGCCUGUCAAAUCCACAGUAGCUCUGUGACCGAUGAUAUUCCGACCCCGCCUUCUGCAUUUGGUCAGGUUGAAGCCAGCCUCAUCCACGUAUACAAAGUUGUGAGAGGGUUCACUUGAUUCCAACUCCAUUAUACACUAUAUCCCAGAACACACAGUUGAAUUUGUUUUGGUAAGGAAGAGUGACAAAAUGUACAUAUAUUGCAUGUUCCUUCCACAGCAAUGGAAAUGUGUGCAGUUUAUGCUUACUGUACUAUGUAUCACUAUAAAAUGUUGCUGUAAAGUAGUUACAUAGAUAUAUGUUUUACCUGUACGUACUGGUACCGUAGCUCCUUAACUCUGUCCUCAUUCCUUUGGAAUGGUACACGGUACAGCUGUUUCAUACUCAUCUGGUUUCUAUGCAGCACCCUGUCGAUUGUUGAGAUGCUAACCGUAUGGAUGUUUUCAAAGACAUCGGUGUCUUCUAUAAUGGUCCUUUGUAUUUCCCUGAGUCUCAUGGCAUUGUUUGCUAGGACCAUGGUGAAAAUAGCCUCCUCCUGUUGAGGUGUGAAAAGGCAUCCUCUGCCACUGGUUUGAGGUAAUCUUGCAGUCCUAUGUGUGGGAAAAUGCAGUGAUGCAUCGCACACUUUCACAUAGACAAAAACUAUGCGAACACACAUUUUACUGUAAAACAAACAGGUGGGUGCAUGUAAGGUGCAGUAUGUAUCUGUAUAGAGUAUAUUUCUGUAUGCUGUGAAAUAUAAGUGGACUACUGUAAUAUGAAGCAUUGUAGGAAGUAUACAGUAUACUGCUCAUAUACAGUAACAGUGCACUGUACAUUGGUGGACAUACCUGUUCUCUCUUCGAAACGUUUGAACUAUUGAGGACACUGUUGAUCUCCCAAUAUUCGGCUGCACCCUUCGACCCGCCUCAGCCAUUGUAAGGCUAUGAUUGACAACAUGGUCUACAAUAUUGGCCCUUAUGUCAUCAGAUAUGCGCCUAUGUCCUCUUCCGCCUCUUCCUCUGUUUUGCCUUUCACCACGCAUCCUUGCUCCUCUUCUUCCUCCUCUUGGCUGUUGACCCUGUUCGUUUCCUGGUCCAUCCAUUAUUGGAAAAUUGCAACUCUGUGUUGUGGUCUGUCUAUAUAUGCUUGCCAAUUGAUUCUUCAUGAGAUGCAGCUUUGAGCAAUUUAGACAACUGGUUGAUUGUUGGUUGAACUAACACUUUACAUUGCUUCAUGAGUGAGGGUCAAUUUCACCUGCACGAUUCAUCAAUUCAAGUUUUUGUACAAAAGGUCUACUAGACAUGUGUAAAACUAUGCUUGACAGUUUAUGACAAAUAGUUCAACAAUUUUGCAUGUAAAGGCUUAUGGAAGGAACUAAUGCCUAGAUGUUUUGAGGGGUAAGACUAUUCAACAGAGAACCAUCUAUAUUUUGAUCAACAUGACAUGAGCAAUUGAUAAUGUGGAAAAAUGCUGACACUUGUACAUUAUAUAUUACAAUUUGUUCAAAGGAAUAAGAAAUUGUUUUAAUGAUGUGCACAAGUGACGAGAUUAUUUGGAAUUUGUACAAGUAGUAUCAAGAAUUGCACUUUUUUGAUCUAAGAAAUGCACCAAAGAGACUGAGAAACUGUAAAAACCUCUUAAGGCUCCAACCCUUUUUUUCCCCCAAUUUUCACCUAAAAUGACAUACAAAAAAAAUAAAAAAUAAAAGUAAAGGAAACACUUUGAAGUUGGUGGAAUUGUGAAAUUAAUGCAGGAGAAUAUAACACAUUAGAUAUGGUAAAAUAUUAUUUUUAAAAACAUGCAAGUCUUUAUAUAUAUUUUUGGUUCCAUCUUUGAAAUGCAGGAGAAAGCCCAAAAAGUAUUAUUCCAGUUUAGGCAACAUUUUGAUUUUGGCCACGAGAUAGCAGGAAUGUGUGUGCAAAGUUUUAGACUGAUCCAAUGAACCAUUGCAUUUCUGUAUUUAAAAAUAAAAUACAAAUUCAGGUCUUCCCAAAUGUGCCUAUUUGGUUUAUUGAUACAUUUUCAGGUUCAUAACUGUGCACUCUCCUCAAACAAUAGCAUGGUAUUCUUUCACUAAUAGCAACUGUAAAUUGGACAGUGCAGCUAGAUUAACAAGAAGUUAAGCUUUCUGCCCAUAUCAGAUAUAUCUAUGUCCUGGGAAAUGUUUUUGUUACUUACAACCUCAUGCUAAUCACAUUAGCGCACGUUAUCUCAACUGUCCUGUGGGGUGGGGGGGGGGGUCACCGAUCCCGUGGAGCUUAAUGAGAAACCGGCAUCUCCAUGCUUGCCACUUGGGCUGAGAACAUCCUCUUGUGUUCAUUAUGGGUUUUUGUUUAAGUUUAGCCUUAGGACUUUGAUUUGUGUCCAAUCCCUGCCCUCAUAGCACCAUCGACCAUGUUUAAGUAACUCUGCGACAUUGGAAUUAUUCACACAUUGUGUUGAUGUAAUUUGUCCUUAAGAUUCUCCGUCCCGCUGUCUUCAUUUUGUAACGUAAAAACUGGUAGUAUGGUUUUACGGUUUUGAAGCUUCUCUUCCAACUACAGGACCCUUAAAAUACCAAUUGUUUCCUUUGUCCAGAAUCAUGUUUUGUUUCAGUAUUUUAUUCUUCUCAUAGUAUAGGUCAAUGAGCACAAUGAUAUGAAGGUCCCUGUUUUGAGCCCUGUGAGUUGAAUUUCCACUUUAUUUAUUUCAACUCCUGUUGUACUGCUAUUGUCACCAAGUCUAUGUUUAUCUGUGAUAUUGAGAUUAACUGUGUAAUUGUUUUAUGUUCCACAGCAUCGUACAGAUAAGUGCAGAAUCAUCUUAUUUGUCCUUGAGCGGAAUAGACUGAGCAGGUGUUUGUACAAUUUGACUCGAGUUUGAAGUAGGUGUGUGUAAAUGAUUAGCUUUCUUCUCGAAUGCUGAUUGUAGUAUGUGAUCAAUUCAAUAAACCAUCCUUUUUUUCCAGCAUA